AUGGCUGGUGUCGGGGAAGCGCUCGUGUCCGUAGUGCUCAAGGAGGUGUUGCGCAACCUGGGAUCUGCUGUCGGGGAGCAGAUCAAGGCGCGAUGGAAGCUAGAGCAAGACAUGGAGUACAUCAAGUGCACGCUGGUGGUAGUGCAAGCGGUACUCAAGGAUGCCGAGAGGCGGUCCGGGACAAUCUCUAGCUUUGUUGCAAAGUUUUCUAUGGGUAAAAAUCUGAAGAAUAUGAGAGAAAAGCUAGCAGACAUAGCAGCACAGAGGACACAGUUCGGAUUCAUGCUAGACGCCUGUUCAAUAGACGAGGAAGAGAUCAAGAAGAGACAAACAACAUCAAAGAUCAAUAGAGCAACUAUUGUUGGAAGGCACAAAGAGAAGGAGGAAAUUGUAACAUUGUUAAACUUAGAUGAUGAAAAAGAAACACUGGUAAUCCCUAUCUUCGGGUUUGGGGGUAUUGGUAAAACCAUAUUAGCUAAAUUGGUUUUCAAUGAUGACCGGAUGCAAAGUUUCGAUUUGAGAGCAUGGGUUUUUGUGUCUCCACAUUUUGAUCUAAGAAUGAUUGGGAAGAGUAUAAUUUCACAGAUCAAAGGGCAGGUUGACUGUUUAGAUGAUCUACAGGCAGUAAGUAAUUGUCUUGAAGAGACACUGGAUGGCAAAAGUUGCUUGAUUGUUUUGGAUGACCUAUGGGAAAGCAAUUGCUUUCGGUUGGGUGAAUUAAUGUUGAUGUUAAGCAGCUUUAAGAAGGAAAGUAUGGUUAGGGUGAUUGUAACAACACGGAAUGAAGAAGUUGCAAGGAACAUAGGAGAAGGCGAUACGGAUGCGCUGGAAAGCAUAGGGCAGACAAUUGCAAAGAAGUGUAAAGGAGUGCCAUUAGCAGCUCAAGCUCUUGGGUUCAUGCUGCGCACUAAAGAUGUCCGGGAGUGGGAAAAUAUAAGAGAUAUGGAUAUCCUUGGGUUCAUUCAUUCCAAUUCUAGGAAGGAUUUAACACUCGAGAAGAUUGGAGAAAACUAUGUAAAUGAACUUUUGGGAAUGUCCUUUCUCCAAUACUCUAGGAUAACAUCCUUGAUUACGAAGGACACAAAGAAUUGUAUGCUGCUUAGCAUGCACGACCUAAUUCAUGAUCUUGCAAGAUCUGUUAUGGAUGAUGAGCUACUACUCAUGGAUGGAAAAAGGACUGCGAUUCUGAAUAUGGCAAUUACGAUUCCUGAGCAUGUCACUGGCCUUUCAAACCUGAUCUAUUUGAACCUAAGUGGGUCUCCAAAAAUUUCAAAGCUGCCAGACUCAGUAAACAAACUCAGAAGCUUGCUACAUCUAGACCUGUCUGGAUGCUGUGAACUUUGUUCAUUACCAGAAUCAUUCAGUGACCUGAAGAAUCUCUCACAUUUGGAGCUGGCACAUUGUUCUGCUCUUUAUUCUUUGCCGAAGUCCUUCGGAAGGCUAAGUGAACUUCAGUAUUUGAACCUGUCUGGAUGCUGUGAGCUUUGUUCAUUACCAGAAUCAUUCAGUGACCUGCAGAACCUCUCACAUUUGGACCUGGCACAUUGUUCUGCUCUUUAUUCUUUGCCGAAGUCCUUCGGGAGGCUAACUGAACUUCACUAUUUGAACCUGUCAUGUUGCUUUAAACUAAAUCUACUGGUUGGCAUGGAGAAUAUAUGUUGUGUUACUAGCCUACAGUAUCUAAACCUGUCCCGUUGUCCAAGUCUCAUCUAUCUACCUGAAUCUUUAAGCAAUCUAAAGAAUCUCCAGACUUUAGAUCUCUCAGGAUGUCAGUGGAUAGAGAAUUUUCCACAAAGUUUAUGUGAAAUUACCAGCCUCAAAUUUCUGCUAAUACAAGGAUGUUCGCCCUGGUUGCAAAAGCGUGUCAGGGAGUCUCAGUUCAAAAAUGAUAUUCUGACAUUGCCCAAGUUUAUUGUUCAAAGAGAAACGUUUGGGAUGUGUAGCAAUAUUUCACGGCUACAAUCUGUAUAUCCAGCUGAACUAGAAAUUGAGUGCCUUGAAAAUGUGACAUGUAUUGAAGAAAUUGAUGCAGUAAAUUUGGCAGCUAAAUCAACACUAUACAAUUUGACAAUGGCAUGGACACCUGCAGUUGAACGCUUUGUGGAGGAUGAAGCAUUGCUGCAAAAUUUACAGCCUCCUGAAAGUCUAGUUACUUUGAAAAUACAAAGCUACAUGGCAACUUCCUUUUCUGGAUGGAUGAUAGACUUGGCGUCUUGUCUACCAGAUCUUGUUCGCAUUGAGAUGGUAGAUUUACCCAGAUGCGAACAUUUACCACCGUUUGGCCAAUUACAAAAUUUGGAGCAGCUGAUUCUGAAGAGAAUGCCUAUCCUCAGGAAACUGGGAGUGGAUAUUUGUGGUGGCAAUGGAGCAUUUAAGAAACUAAGAGAGCUUACCUUGGCUAAUCUUGGUAACCUCGAGGAGUGGGUCACCAAAGUUUCAGCAAAGGGUGAGUUUAUGUUCCCUAGCCUUUACAAGUUGGAAAUCUGUCAUUGCCCUAAGUUAAGGUUGAAGCCAUGCCUUCCUAGGGCAAAUGAAUGGAGAAUAGAAGCAAGUGAUGGAGUUGUAGCAAGUCAAUAUGAUGCAGCCUCAUCAUCCUCUUUGAUGCUAUCAAAACUGCAUGUUAGAAGUUGCCGACUUCUGCCCAGCAAAUGGGCACUGCUUCAAUUUAUCCCCACUCUUGAGGUAUUGGAAAUCUCAAAUUACCACUGGCCGACAUUGCCAGAAGGCAUUCGUUUUCUGGUAUCACUCCGAUCACUGCAGAUAGAUGGCUGUCAUAGUGUGGAGCUAUCAGAAGAACUGAGAAUCCUGUCAUCACUGCAGGAACUCAUUAUUUCUGGCUGCACUAGACUAAGGACUCUGCCUGAAUACGUACUGACAUUUACUGCUCUGAAGAAAUUGGAAAUCAAUGAUAAUGACGCAUUGCAAAGAUGGUUCAGGGGCCAUUAUAACUGGAUCAGGCAUAGCGACAUAAAAGAUAAGAUUUAUUUUGAUGGCAAGUUGAUGAAACAUUCACCUGAGGAUGACCGCAAAGCCAGCAUCUGGGAGGGAAGCAAUAGCCCUGCAGAUACAAAAGAAUGGGGUCAAGAUGAAGAUCUUGAAUAUUUUACCAUGUAUGGAUAUGUUGAAGGGGUUGCGUUUCGUCUUGGUGAGUCGUCCUCAACUCCGAGAGAUCUAGCAGCGAGGAGCACAACGACAGGCUCUGGAUCUCAACGUUUGCAGAUUACUGUAACUGAUAGGGCUUUGACUACUUUGCUCUGA